UGGGAUUACUGCAUGUUGUGUGUGAACAGAGAGAGACUUCACGUAUAUUUAGAAAAAAUACACGGUGAUGUUCCCUUGCCAUUUGUGAAAGCACAGCCAUUAUGUUUAGGCUACGUGAUAGAUCUCUAAUGUGUAUUAAUCUCAAGAUCUCCAAAUGGAAUGUGAUGCGUUAAUCGAUGUAUUAAAUCUUCAGUUUUGACAAAUUAACAGUUUGUUGUUUGAAUUUCGGAGAAAGCUGUGGGAUUCGACGAAUUUCGAGCUGAAUAGUUUUUGAUGGGACUGCAAUGAACGUUUACAUAAGUGACUCUCUUCUGUCGCUGCUAGCUCAAGCGUGUAAACGUUAUAUAACUGACCUAAAAUUGCCGUACGUGCUUUUUUCUAGUACAUGCAUUAACGUGUAUGAACUUUAAAGUUGACAUAAAAGAAGAAAAAAAUCACUGUUCACAACGUAGAGAUUGAAGAAGAAAGAAUGCAUCCUGAAGAGACGCCAUCGUCUACCGAGGAGCAGUGGGGUUUGAAAACCUUGCCGGAUAUACAUUUUCUAACACCUCAGAUACCCGAGGAGGAGGAAGCCGCCAAGAGCCACAAAGACAAAACAUAUUUUGGGUAUAGUUAUCGGUUUUGGUGUAUCGUGGCCUUAUGCAUCUCCGUGCUUGUUUCAGGAAUUGUCGAUGUAAUAGUUCGCCAUGUGGCUGGGACGACAAUACAUACAACAUUACGGGCGUUUUUCUAUGGCUACGUUAUCUACAGCUCGGGAUCCACCAUCAAAUCUUGUCUCUGCUUCUCCUUAUUCUGGACUUUGGGAGGUUUGUGGUGGACGGGAACGUCCGUGUGGCUUUUCUGGUCAUUUCACGACAUGAUUCAGAGGUACGUUAUUCUGGUUAUAGAUAUGUGUGUCGUGGCCGCUCUCGUCGUUCAUAUGGCAAUGAGAGAAAGGUGCCAAUCACGACUGACUCGUACUUUACCUAGGCUUCGCUACAACAGAAAUCAAGAUGGCCGAUCCAUAUUGGAGCGUGAGCCCAUGGCAACGACAAGAUUGCGAAUUGGGGGAAAUCUUCAAAGGGACAGUCAUUCAGUCAGUCACAGGGGUAGAUUACCUACUCACAAAUUGGAUAAACAGAUAUUAACUAAGGAGUGGGUAACAUGCCAUCAACAAGACAGUGAACCACAAUUCACACUGGAGUGCGUAUCAUGUCACCAAGGAGAAGGACCGACAGCUUGUGAUUUGGAGGGAGACGAAAUGUGUUUAACAAUGAACCACUCGAGCACCCAAUCGGAUGAAGUACAAAACCACCGAGAAGAAAAUAAUUCAACCGAUCAGUGUGAUUCUGGAGAAAAUCAGCAACCAGUUAGUUGUACAGCCGAAAUGCGUGAAAAGGAGCUCACCCAAUGUCAUGAACUCAAUGUGUAAGAGAGCCUAUAGAAAACCGUACAGAAAGCGUUGCUUUAAACAAUAAACUGAAUUAAAUGACUUUUCACUGGAUUCAUGGUUGUUUAACCAUGAUAUUUGUCAGGCACACUCUCAUUAUAUGCCCUUUGUUACAACAAGCAAAACUAUUGUUGACACCACAGCUCAUAACCAGCAAUGCUGGUUUCCGAUCAAGUCUGAAUUUACUGAGUGUCGGAUAAAAUUUACACUGGGUAACCGGUCACGAGAUUAACGGCUGUGAAGUGUUGUUUUCUGCCUUUGUGAUGACGUUUUGUGGGCAAGCCCGUAUUAACUAACUGAGAACAAUUGUCGUAUCAGUCUGGAGUAGACACGCCAUUUAGCUUGACUGUACUGAUGCCACAUCUAUACAGUAUGUCAGUUUGCUCAAUAAAAACCAGGGGGCCUCCGUGGCUCGGUUGGUUAGCGCACUGGCGAAGAGUAAUGACCGAGGAGUCUCUCACCAAUGCGGUCGCUGUGAGUUUAAGUCCAGCUCAUGCUGGCUUCCUCUCCGGCCGUACGUAGGAAGGUCUGCAGCAACCUGCGGAUGGUCGUGGGUUUUCCCCGGGUUCUGCCCGGUUUCCACCCACCAUAAUAAUGCUGGUCGGCCGUCGUAUAAGUGAAAUAUUCUUGAGUACGGCGUAAAACACCAAUCAAAUCAAUAAAUAAAUAAAUCAAAGAAAACUAUUUACUGCAAAUUACAGAAAUGAAGGGAAAAUAUCGAUAUCGAAGAGAAAAUUUUCGCCUUGAAUAUUUUUAAUAUUCAAUGCGUAGGAUACAUGAAAAACUUUUUUAUCUCUAUGCUUAUAUAUGUACAUGAAUGAUGUAUGGUGUUAAACUACCAAACGGCUUAUCAGCUUUCUUCUAGGCUGUACUCUACUGUUUUCGUAAGGCAACAACGGUCACUCCGGAAAUUAAGUACCUUGCCGUGGAUGCGUUCAUGAAGCUCACUUAGCUAAGUAUGCCCUUAACUAGCAUGACGACGUAUUUUGUAAAGAUAUAAAGUGCACUUAGCUAAGGGCUACUAAAAACUAUGUAUGCUUCAUGAAACCGGCCAGUGGAGCGGUCAAACCAACUUUGUUGAGAGAAGAGCCCGAAUUGAGGAAGUUAAGCUGGCCCUUAUUUCCCAGUAUAUUCAUUGGUGACGGCAUUUCUGAACAUUGACGGAAAAUAUGCAAAAAUGUAGAGGUUAUUACCAAAUGCAAAAUAUGGCUUCAAACGUGAUUUUCCCUCCUUUUUACACACACGUUUCUUCAUGAUUGUCAAAACCGCAGUCUUCGUUUUAUAGGAUAUUUUCAUGUGCCUUUCAAGUGUUGUGCCCUAUAACUGAACCAAUACGCUCUUCAUAACUGAGUCAUGGUUCCCCCUUUUAAGAUAAAUCUUUCACUAUAUGAUCAUGGUGCUAGAGUUUGUGUUAGUUGUUAUAGUAUUUAAUGGUUUACAUAAACAAUUAGAAUAAAAUUCAAACUGAUAGGAGACCGGAUUUCAGCGGUUGGGUGUAACCCUUUCACAGGUAUCACACUGUCGCUGCUGCUCUCUUCACUGUAUUGUAUUAUAUUCCAGUAAACCAGACUCAAUAAAUGCUGACUCAUUGUAAAGAUAUUCAAGUCUGUUUUGAAACUUCCUGGAUUUGGUAUUUAAAAAAUAAUACGCCAAACGUUUUAAGACUGCCUAUUUGUUAAGAACGGGAGUAAAAUAACGCCUUGCUCAAUGUGUAGACAAAAUUUAAGCGUAUUUAUAUCUAAAUCAUAGUAAACUAAAAAAAUUUUUGAUCGGGGGAGGGGUGGGGGAUUGUCAACAAUAAUAAAUGUAGAAGGUAUUGUUUCUUUCAAUAGUGUAAGAAUUGGUUAAUAAGUUAAACAGCUGUUAACACUUCCCUGAUGGUGUAGGCAACAUCAGUAAAAAAAAAACUAACACAUGUUAAAGUAGAACAAUUGCAUUGAUUCACAAGAACUAUAUUUGCUGAAAAGCACUCUGGAACUUCAUGUUGAUGUGUUGCAGGUGCCUAUUAUAAUAUCUUCUGCCCAAUGCAAAGUGGUUCCCUACGUCAAGAAUCUGCACAUUUGUACAACUGUACUAACUGUCUUCAUUUUAAAUA